AUGUCCGCAAUCAAGAGGAGAGCAUGCGUGGCUUGCACAACUGCCAAGGCGAAAUGUACCCCGAAGGCCGAGAACUUGUGCCAGCGGUGCGCUCGUUUGGGCAAGGCAUGCACAUACCUUGACCUUCCACAAACGAAGCGUAAGCGCAAGGCCACACCGAGCCGUGUUGAGGUGCUAGAAAACAAGGUCGACCAGCUGACAUCGCAACUCGUUGCCUUGACCCAACAAAAUGGGCAGACACCGUCGAGUACUUUGACUCCGCUCACCAACGACCCAAGCUCGUAUUAUGAUCCUAAGUUGGACUCGAGAGAAAUCGCCGCCCUGAUAGAUGCUGCUACGGAACCGUCCCACGGCUCCGAGCCGCCGACCAGCUCUGGCCUGGAGGGCCAGCCGUCUAUCGUGGAUCGAGGUCUUUUGAGUGAAGUUGAGGCUGAACACUUACUUGCAACCUUCCGGCUUGAUUUAGUACCCAAGUUUCCUUUCGUUUGGAUUGGACAUGACGAAACGGCCGCUCGGCUCAAAAAUCGAGAGCCUUUUCUCUUCCUGUGUGUCGUGUCUGCGACCAUGGGCAGUCCCCACCGUCUGCGCAAAAUUGUUGCUGACGAAAUAAUGAAACACGUUACCUUGAGGAUAGUGACACGGUCUGAGAGAAACCUCGAGUUACUCCGCGGUCUGUUGAUCCACAUCGCAUGGUACUCAUACCCCGCAGAGAAAUAUCACCCGCGGUUUGUGCUUUUGAUUCAAAUUUGUGUUUCUAUGUUUUAUGAUUUGGGUUUGCACAAAAAGCCCGAUUUGAAUUUGGAUGAGCAGCGGGCACUGCUCGGUACAUAUUGGCUAUCGGCUGGUUCAUAUGGCGUACUCGGUCGGCCGGUCAUGAUAAAGCAUGACGGUCGAAUCGAUGAGUGCAUGCAAAGUUUGAGAUCUACCGAGAAUGUGUCGGAUUCGUGGAUUGCGCCAUUUAUCCACAUACAGUCUUUCUUGACAAUGAUGGAUGAAGUUCACGCUUCGAUGCAGACAGGCGGUGGGAAGGCACUUGUCCAAGUAACGUGCGGCUCUCUACAGCGGCACUUUAAUAGUGUGAGAACACGCGUGGAGAAUGAUAUCGCAGGCUGCCCGUCACCGACUGUCAAUGCAAUACGUACUGAGAUCAUGUAUGCGGAAAUAGGGCUGCAUGAAUUAUCCCUUCGGGAGGAAAUGUGGAUUUUAGAGCCUGCCAGCACAAUCCGGACAACUAUGUUGAUGGGUAUGAUACAGAAAACCAAGGAGCUUAUCCUCACGAUUAAAACUAUACCGACAUCAGAGAUUGGUCAAAUGGUGAUAAACACUUGCGCUCGUAUAUGUGCUGCAGUGGGCUACUUGUCGAGAGCAGCAUUAACUCUACUCAAACUAAUUACCAGCUCCAACGACUCUGACAGGGAAACCCAGGUCCAGGCCGUUGUUGAAGCAGCAGACUAUUCUAAUCUUGUGACUGAGCUUGCCAUCGUUUUGGAGACAAGGCUUCUGGGAAUGUCUGCUGCAGAUAAAGAGACUGAUAUUGUGGGAAGUCUUUGCUCCAAAAUGCGUCUGUUAGCACGUUGCUAUCCAUACCAAGUCAGGGAAAUAGUUGGAAAUGUGCCCUCUCAAGCUCAGGAUGACUCCAUAAAGGAAGUUGAUGCCGAUGGGGUUGCUAUAACACCCCAAGUCUGGCCGUCUAUAUACGGCGAUCUGGACGACAUGUUACCAGUUGAUGACAUGCAGUGGGAUUCUCUUUUGAGAAGUUUCACAGGGUUCAGCUAG